AUUCCUUCUUCCCCUCGAAAAUUCACGUUGCCCCAUUUCCAAUCCAUCUAAAAUCAUGGAAUCCAAUCUAAUAUUCAAGUAUUAGAUUAACUUAAAUCCCAACAAAUUACAGCUAAUCAUCUGCUUGCACACAGCCUGCCACUCCAAAAUCCCAUAAAAACACACACUCACACGCACACCCCACCACCAAUUUUUUUAAGCAUCUUUGAUUGAUCGAUUCCACAUCGAAACUCCCAACAAGAAAAAAAAAAAAAGAGUUGCGAGAAGCUGUAGUUUCUUUAUCGUUUCCUGCUCCCUGUUUCAGAAGUUGUGGUUCUUGAUCUGGGUUUUGUCUAAUGGAGGGCGGCGGCGGUGAAGGGAGAAUGGAGAGCCCGCAGAUGAAGCUGCAGGCUCAUCGGGCCUUCAGCUUGGAGCCCGAUGAGGCGGUGUCAUCGCCAGUGACGCGGCAGAAGGCGGCCGCUGCGAAGCAGUUCAUCGAGAACCACUACAAGAAUUACCUGCAGGGGUUGCAAGAUCGCAUGGAGAGGAGGAGGACGUUGCAGCGGAGGGCGCAGGAGGCACAGGUGUCGAGCGAGGAGGAGGAGAUGAUGUUGAGGAAUUUGGAGAAGAGGGAGACUGAGUAUAUGAGAUUGCAAAGACACAAAGUGGGGAUUGAUGAUUUCGAGCAAUUGACUAUUAUUGGUAAAGGAGCAUUUGGUGAGGUUAGACUAUGUCGAGCUAAAGGUACAGGAGAAAUAUACGCCAUGAAGAAAUUGAAGAAGUCAGAUAUGCUCAGCCGCGGGCAGGUUGAGCAUGUUCGUUCCGAGAGGAAUUUGAUGGUGGAGGUAGAUAGUCGUUGCAUAGUGAAGCUCUUUUAUUCCUUCCAAGAUUCUGAUUUUUUGUACCUCAUCAUGGAGUAUUUACCUGGUGGUGAUAUCAUGACUUUAUUAAUGAGGGAGGAUAUCCUCUCCGAAGACGUUGCCCGGUUUUACAUGGCAGAAAGUAUUCUAGCUAUCAGCUCGAUCCACCAGCAUGGCUAUGUACAUAGGGAUAUCAAACCGGAUAACCUCAUAUUGGAUAAAAAUGGGCAUUUAAAGCUUUCUGAUUUUGGCUUGUGUAAGACGCUGGAGAAAUACUCGUCAAUAUUGUUGGAAGAUGACGAUUUUUUGGCCCAAGAUUCUAGACCCGAUGGUGAUGGGAAUACUGAUGAAUAUACUGCUCCUUGGUUAAUGGCAAAGGAGCAGUUACUACAAUGGAAACGGAACCGUCGUGCCCUGGCGUACUCUACUGUUGGAACUCUCGAUUAUAUGGCACCUGAGGUCUUAUUGAAGAAAGGAUAUGGAAUGGAGUGCGACUGGUGGUCUUUGGGGGCCAUAAUGUACGAAAUGCUUAUUGGUUAUCCUCCAUUUUGUUCCGAUGAUCCCAGAAUGACAUGUCGCAAGAUAAUAAAUUGGAAAACAUGCUUAAAGUUUCCUGAAGAACCAAAAAUCUCUGAUGAGGCGAGGGAUCUUAUUUGUCAUUUGUUAUGUGACGUUGAGAAAAGAUUAGGGACCAGAGGCGUGGACGAAAUAAAGGGACAUCCAUGGUUUAGAGGUGUUAAAUGGGACGGGCUCUACGAAAUGGAAGCAGCCUACAAACCUGUCGUAAAUGGAGAUUUGGAUACACAGAAUUUCGAAAAGUUUGAUGAAGGAGAAAAUCCACCAUCUAGCACACCAAGAGUAGGACCAUGGAGGAAGAUGUUGACGUCCAAAGAUGCUAAUUUUAUUGGAUACACUUUCAAGAAAUCAGAUCUUCUAAAAUCUGCUGGAACCGCAGGUAUAGAUGUGAGCUCGAAUGCAUCUUCCAGACCUCCAUCUUUGGUGUCAUUAUUUGGUCACGUAGGGCUAGAAGACUCGGUAAUAGCCGAGGACGAUCCAAGGCCACCCGCUUGAGCUUAAUAUGAUGCUCGUGUCGUAUUCGGAUUGGAUCAUUGCUUUAAAGAGAUGUGUUAUUUGUGCGUAAGCGGCUAAUUUUUCUGUAUAUGAAGAGAACUCAAAAUCACUCUGCAGCUGGAUAACAAUUUUGGCCAUUUUUUGUUUCUUUUAAUUCUGUGCCUGUUGUUUUGGUGGGGAAAUGUUAAUAUCAAUCUGCAGGAAUAGCAUUUGUAAAUGAUAUAUUGUUUGUGCAAUUAUGUAUUACAACACUUGUGCUGCA